AUCCAAGGGCAUACAACCAUAUCAACGUUACAAAAAAUCUUUUUAUUACAUAAGGACACUAAGCGUAUCAUUCGACUCUCUCCCCUCUCACUUUCUCCGCACCUUCCUCUCAUCACCCAAGUCUUCAGCGGGCAUUUCCUCGGCCGUAUCAACACCGAAACGUUAUGGCUGAAAGCCCGUCUCAGUCCCCGACACCCGCCUCCGUAUCGGAAACCGAUACAUCUCACUAUUGGUGCUACAACUGCAACAAACGUGUCUCCAUCGAAACCCUAGCCAAUCGACCAGAUGUUAUCUGCCUUGAGUGCAAGAAUGGUUUCGUUGAAUCAAUUCCCGCCCCGUCAACUUCGCCCUCCGCCACGCCUUCCUUAAUCUCAGACCAGGCCGAUGAUUCGACUUUCGGAUCCCAGUUCCUUCAAAUGCUUCGCAUAAUUGCGCAGGCGGCGCGUGAUGAGGACGCGCCUCCUCCUCUCCCGCAGGACCACCAAUCCGAGGACGAUUUUCUCAGGAUCGAGCUUAAUGAAUGGGACAAUGACGAAGAUGAAGACGAGGAUGACGAUGAUGCGAACGAGAACGAGAACGAGAACGAGAACGAAAACGAAAACGAAAACGAAAACGAAGGGAACAGAGAUGAAGGAGAGCAUGACGAUGAAGAAGGGGAGGAUCGAUCUGAUAACGAGAAUGAAGAGAACAGAGAGGAAGAUUUUGAAGAUCUGAGGUCAAGGCAGCGCGAUAUUCUCCGUCUCCGGAUCCGGGACUUUGCCACCCGAGCGAGGAGUGGGCGUAACCGGAUCCUUGACUGGGCUGAGAUUCUGAUGGGACUGGAAGACAACUCGAUUGAAUUUCGCCUUGAAGUCCCGGAAACCGAUAGAUACAUAGGCAAUCCGGAGGAUUACGUGGAUGCCGCUGGAUACGAGGCGCUGCUGCAGAACUUGGCUGAGAGUGAUGGUGGAAGGAGAGGGGCUCCACCUGCGGCAAAAUCUGCAGUGUCAGCGUUGCCAACGAUUGAGAUCACGUCAGAGGCGGAGACUCUGGUAUGUGCCAUAUGCAAGGAUAUGGUUAAUGUUGGUGAAACGGAGACGAAAUUGCCUUGUGGACAUGGGUACCAUAGGGACUGCAUUGUGCCGUGGUUGGGUUCUAGGAAUUCUUGUCCUGUUUGUAGGUUUGAGUUGCCAACGGAUGAUUCAGAGUAUGAGGAGGACAGAAAGAAGGAAGCGGCAGGCACUGCAGGCGGAGCUUCAAGUUCUGGCGAUGGUAGUUUGGGUUCCACUUGAUUGGAACUGGUAUGCAAGUCAAUUUAAAAGUUUUACUCUCGUGUAGUUUAAAUGUUUCAUGAACCUUUGGUUGUUUAUUUACUUUUGUGGAGUAGAUAAAGCUGGAUUUGCUUUCAUUUGCAUCUGAAUGUAAAUAAUAUUUACUCAGUUUGGUUUUCUUUUCUGUCAUGUAUAAUCCAAUCUUUUUCAGUUGAAA